GAGCAGCUUCCACUCACCUUACCCUAUAAUGAAUUGGGUUUCUUACUUGUCCAUUAAUCGAAGGCUAGUCGUCUUUCCUUUGCGCACAGACCACAAAACUUCCUUCCUACGUUGCUUAUCUAGAGCCGCCCUAAUCUUAGCUGUUAAAAAGAGCCAACAUCCGAUUAUAUCCCAAGCUUCAUGGAGUUUCUCAUAAAAUGGUUACCGACCUUGCGGAAUCUGCCGUGUAGUUGAGCAGAACCAUCUUAGACUUCUGGAUCGUGGAUUGGACUACUUUGGAAAUCAUAUCCAGCGGCCUUGCGACCGCCCGUUGGCAGGCAGGGCGAAGGACACUUUAUCGACGUAUUUCGGGGCCUUCCCGCUACCAAACGCUUAUCGCGGAGUCGUUACUGCCGGGACACCCUUUGCCCGCGUUCGACUGCGCCGUCGCUACCUGGUGCAGCGGCCGGUAACUACAUGACAAGUCUGGCGAGCGCCCGACAAGUGGCCAGCCUCUAAAAUAUCCCAGCGGGCACGGCCAGGUCCUCAGCACCAGCGUCAGCCCCUGGGGUAACCUCGCCGAUCUUGCCUUCCCAGCAUGCUUUCUAGAUACGUCCCAGGGUGCCUAGCGGAGUUUGCUUGCAGCCACUUAACACAGCUUUCAAGCACCUGCUGCAGCUUAGCGAUGUCCAGCUGCGGCAGCAGCAACGGCUACAGAGGGGUACGGGGGCGUGCACAUGGGUCCUCUGCCCCUCCGCGGAUUUGCCUCUUCUUGUUACUCGCCGCCACAGCCAUUGCCCUUCCCAUGUGCCAUGGCGCCACAACGGCGCCUCCUAAGGCCAAGCCGCUUCCACCGUCUCCCAAACCUCGGCCCCCUCCGCUGAAGGUGGCGGCACCGGCAAACUCGCCACCACCGCGGCCGUCUCCCAAGUUGAAAAGCCCCCCUCCAUCCGCGGCUGCGUCCGUGCCGCCAACAGGCCGCCCUCCGCCGCCGUCCCCUAAGAAAAGCCCGUCCCCACCGACGUCAGCUCUGCCUACUUCCUCGCCGCCGCCGACCAAACAGCUUUCAACGCCGCCGCCGCUGGUUCGCUCGCCGCCGCCGAGGCCCCCUCCUCCGUCACCCCCGCCUCCCAAGUCCUCACCCCCGCCUCCCAAGUCCUCACCCCCGCCUCCCAAGUCCUCACCCCCGCCUCCCAAGUCCUCACCACCGCCUCCCAAGUCCUCACCACCGCCUCCCAAGUCCUCACCACCGCCUCCCAAGUCCUCACCACCACCACCCAAGUCCUCACCCCCGCCUCCCAAGUCCUCACCACCACCACUCAAGCCCUCACCACCGCCUCCCAAGCCCUCACCACCACCACCCAAGCCCUCACCACCGCCUCCCAAGCCCUCACCACCGCCUCCCGAGCCCUCACCACCGCCUCCCAAGCCCUCACCACCGCCUCCCAAGCCCUCACCCCCACCUCCCGAGCCCUCGCCUCCGCCUCCCAAGUCCUCACCACCGCCUCCCAAGCCCUCACCACCGCCUCCACCUCCCAAAUCCUCGCCCCCGCCGCCGACGAAGUCCCCCCCGCCUUUGCCGACUCCCCCGCCGCCGCCGCUGCAGCGGCCACCGCCACCCCUGAAAUCACCGCCACCAGUAAGCUCGCCUCCCCCCGCAAAAUCGCCUCCUCCUCUGAAAUCGCCGCCGCCGCUCAAAUCCCCUCCACCCCUGAAGUCUCCGCCGCCUUCACCCCCGCCGCCACCACCAUCACCGCCGCCGCCGCCGCCUCCCUUAACCCCCGCCGCCCUCCGUUCCCCUCCCCCACCAUCGCGAUCUCCCCCGCCAUCCCAGCUGCGGCCGCCCCCCACUCCGCCGCCCACAUCCACCGUGAAGAACCCGCCGCCGCCCUCCCAGUUCGCGACGUACAAGUCCCUUUCACCUUCCGUGGGUGAUGAGAUCCUGGUCCUCUCCCUGCAGCACGACUCGCGCUACUGGCAGGCAGCGGAGCCGCCGCCCGCAGACGACACCUCCCCGCCGGACCAGCAGCAGCAGAACGGCAGCGAGUGGCAGUUGGAGUUCCCGCCGUACGACACGGAGCAGCGACUGUACUUUGCCGUAUCGCCGUACACUGCGGGGGCGGCGCUGAGUGAUGGCAGCAAGCCGCUGGUGUACCGCCGGCUGGUGAUGGGAGACCAGGUGCCCCGCAUCACCUACACGGCUUUCGAAUCCGGGGACUACGUGAACCUCAUUGGCAGCGAGCGCAUUCCCGCGGCCUCGCCCUCGCCCCCCGCCUCCGCCGCCGCCUCCCCUGUCGAUCUGGCGGAAGGCGCAGACGACCAAUGGGACGCGGAUUACAUCAUCAGCGCUGAGGCGAAUCGCCAGGCGGAGAGUUACUACACGGAUUGGAGCUUCCGUACGGAUACGGCCACAACUCACCCUGUCACGAGCGUUACGUUCAUCCUGAAUGUUUGCGGCAUGAGCAACCCCGUGAAACCCAAGGAUCUGCGGCCGUACUGGUACGGCACCAACAACACGGACGGCCCCUCCAUCAAGCAGUUCUUCGACAGCUGCUCCCGGGGCGCUCACCCAUUCACCGAGGCCAACAACCCCAUCCUGGGCCCCAUCGACAUUCCCUGCAACGCCACCCCCGGCAACGGCCGCUUCUUCGACUCCCGCCGCUGCACCGACCGAGAGGUCUUCGGAUGGGCGCAGUACGCUAUGGACUAUGCGAUCAAGUCCGUGUCCAACUUGACACUCACGCUGCGGCGACCCGAGCGCCGCAUCUUCCUGCUGCCCGACCUGCCCGCGUGCGCCAGCUGGGAGUCCCUGGCGUCGGUGGGGUGCGGCCGCAACUGCCCCAUCUUCCUCAAGCUGAGGAGCGGCAGCACGGGCCGCUCCGUGUCCUCGCAGCUCAUUCACGACCUGGGUCACACCUACAGCAUGUCGCACAGCGCGGCGGACGCGGGGGUGGUCAGCAGUGCGGCGGGCCCGAGGCAGGACGCCUCGUGUCCCAUGGGUCAGGCGGACGAGGUGGGCGGGCUUGUCUGCCCCAAUGCGCCCAACGGGUGGAAGCUCGGCUGGACCACCUCCAUUCGAGGCAGCGGCUACACCCUCACCGCGCCCUACUCCGGCACCCUCGUGCUCUUGCCGGCCAGCAUGGGCGCCGCAAACACCCAGCCAGUGGUGCUGCCCGCCAGCCUGAAAGCAGCGGGGGACCCCUCAUCCUACCGUGACAGCACCUACUACCUGUCAUACCGCGUGAAGGCGUCCAACAGCGGCAGCAGCAGCAGCAGCCGUGGUGGGGUAUACGAUUCGGGACUGGAUUCGAACCUAUCCCUGCAGGUCUUUGUCCACCAGUACGACGGCUCCACCUACCGCCUGGGCACCCCCUUCAAGCCCCGCCUGGUGGGCUCCUCCGCCUCCCUGCAGGGGGACGACUUCGUGCACAUGUCCGGCUGGGCCGCCCGCUACUUCACGCUGCAGGUCCGCAAGCGCGACACCAGCUCGGCAGUCGCGGUGUUGUACCUGUGUACGACACGAGGGGGGGCGCUGCCGGAGUCGGAGGCCAGCGACGGGUGUGACUACUGCUGGGACGGAGUGGACAAUGACUGCAACGGGGUUGCGGAUUUCGAGGAUGAGGCGUGUCAGAGCUGCUACUAGGCUGCACAGCUGCCCACUCCCGUGCUGCUAGCUCCUGCCGCGGUCUCGGUCCAGCAGCGGAGUCGCUGCUGCUGCUCCUCCUGCGACAGCUCGGUGCCUACCUGUGAUUGAUUAGUGCACGGAAACCUGCCACACAAACCUGCCCGCAAUAGCAAUUGUUGUGGUCGGAGAAUGAAACAUGCAGUCGAUAACUGGCAGGCAGGCAGACAGGCAGUGCGGCGCCUACAGCAGCCGCAGCAGCGGCAUUCCGUGUCGCCGUCUCCGCCCGCCGCGAUGUCGGCGGCGCUGCCCGGUUGUUGGCACAGACGACAGCACCUGCCCCUCCACCGCCAGUUCCACCACCUCUGGUCCUCUGCGGCCCUCCUCCAACGGAGGUAUCGCAGCCGGUAGGCAGGCAUCAGCCCGGGGAAGGAAAGGAGGUGCGGAGAGCCGGAGUCUUGCAGGAGGACCGGUGUGGAGGGAAGCAUCCUGCAACCACCGCGAAAGGCCUUUCGGGUGGAAGCUUUACUUGCUCUUAACCAUCUUCUGGUGCCAAAAGUUGUCACCAAAGAGUGUGAAGUCGGCGUACAUUGGGGUGGUGUGUAGCAGCAGAGACAGAAGCUGUGGCAGCAGGACACGUAAGGCAGGAGGGAUGGGCGUGACAUGGGAGGAGAAGCGCCUGCCUCGACGUGCGUUGCGUUGAGAUGAGAGGGGGGCAUAUGCCCUGAGGGUGGCCCUGUGAAUGGGUGCGUUCAUGUUUGGGCGCUUGUGCAUGAAGCCAGCUAGGAGUGGCUGUCUUGGAACGGGUGGCGUGUUGGAAGCCGGUGGAAGCAGCAGAGCGACUGUCCUUGCAGAAAGGAUGUCAGCAAUUAUCAGACUCAUUACUACUAAUUAUAAAUAAAUAUAAGGAGAGGAGAGUGUUGGUGGCGCGCGCGCGCGUGCGUGCAUGAUGAAGUAUGGCUCUGGUUGUGAUGUGAUAUGUUACAUGACAUCCAACGCCAGACCGGCUGGCGAUCCUCAGUUGGCAGUUGGGUUGCGUUCAAACUGAAGAACCGCAUUCACAGCACUGAAGCCAGAACCGCAAGCGGCUCGUCCUUGCAUCCCCCUGAAAUGGCGACUCUCUACCAGACGUAGGGCUGUCGUUGGGAAGGCCCCUGCUGGCUACGGACCCUCGGGGUAUCCUGUCGUUGGUGUUCUGUCGGAGAUGGGAACGUGCGAACGUGCAAGGAGACAUCAGCUUCAUCGUGCCAACACGCCAGUUGCUUGUGUUCAUCUAUGGGUGCUGGUGCUGCGCCGUUGUCGGAAUGCGCUGCCGCUGUUUGCCUACUGUUAAUGCCUCUGCCGAGGGUGUGCAACUGCGCAGGAGAGAGAGAAGGCUGAGACGGUGCCAAGACUUAAUUUGCUCGAGGGAGUGAGGCAUACCUGUGUGGUGUGGCAUGGUUUAGCUUUGGGUUGCGACACGUGCGUGUGUGUUUCCCUGUAGUCUUGGGGGAGAGACUUGUUUCCAGCAAGGGCCGGUGUGACGUGUUGUGACGGUGAAUGCCUGCCCCUCCCCCCGGAAGGGCAUGAAGCAUGGACUGAUAUCGAUUUAUAGCAUGGGCAAGGGGCUAUGUUGUUCAAUGCUGUGGCAUCUUUGUACGCAUCUAUCCAUAUGCUGCGCUGCGCUGCCGGAUUUGGAAUGAAUCAGGCAGCGGAAGGAUUAAAGGGCCGGAAGGGUACCGGUAGUUGCUGUGGAUGUUAGGAGGCGGUUGGGGGGCUUAGUGGACGGAGGUUAUUUGGCAAAUGAUCAAAUGUGUGCAUUCAUUUGCAGUUGCGGUGUUAGGACACGCGGACAUUGUGCUUGUUUCUGAUGUGCGGAACUGGGGUACGAGGUGCGGAGCUGGGGUACGAGGUGCGGAGCUGGGGUACGAGGUACGGAAAAAGGGAGCACCUGCCACCUGCCGCUGCGGUGGUUUUCUGCAUGGGCGACUGGGGGGCGUCUUUAGCCUUCUGUAUGUGUGCAAGCACUUGCUUUCGUGAAUGUGUGUCUAGGUGUUUCCAAAGAACACGUUUCCGCAUUAAGUUUUAGUCGUUGCAUUGAGCCUUAGUGGUGUGUUUGCUAGUAUCUCUUUUCCCAGUUUGCUUAGGUACCGUAUCUUGUAUGGUCCCGUACGUUGUGGUCUCUGGCUGGUUUGCAAAGGCAUCGUCGAACUGUGCGCCCAAACACAUGCACAUUGGGACGCCGUUGCUCCGAGCUGCCGGCGUUAAGAAACCGUUACAAAACCGUUGGUUUGCAUUCAUUUAGCUGCAUGUUGGGUUAGGCGGGCUGCGGGCGGGAAGAAGGCGCGCCGCGCAUGCAAUUGGACCUAUGUGACGACCUAACGAGUGUACUGUUGGACAUGUACUCCGAAUGCAGUUGGGACGUUAGUGCCCCAUUAGCAAAUGGGGCCCCGGCAUGGGCUGUAAAUUAAGG